GGUUUCAGCAGGUCUGCCCAGCCUACUGACACUCUGAAGAACAUCUGAGGGUGCUGUGUGCUCUAGAGCAAGGGCCAUGUUCACUCUGUCGGAGCUGUGGUCCAUUAGUGAGCGUCAGGGCCGCUACAAGCUGCUGAAGCCAUGGUGGGAGGUCUUCAUGGACUACCUGGUGUUGCUCAUGCUCAUGGUCUCCAUCCUGGCCGGCACUCUGUUACUGUCCCGGGACGGCGUCGUGUGCGUCCCCGUACACUCCCUCUCAAACAACUACAGCUCUGGUUUCAGGACACCCUCCGAUUCGCCCGUCCUCCCGUUCACUUCCGGUUCCACUCUGGCUGAAGGUCCGGCUAAGGGCCGAAGGACCAACAUGGACUACCAGCAGUACGUCUACAUCAGCCAGGUGUGCUAUCACGAAGCCCUGCCGUGGUUUUCACGCUUCUUGCCGUACAUCACCCUGCUGCAGUCUCUGGUGCUGCUGGCCAGCGGCUGCUUCUGGUUCCACUUCCCUCUGACCUCUGCUCGCAUCGAGCACUUCCUGGCCAUCCUCGCCAAGUGCUGUGAGUCCCCGUGGACCUCCAGGGCACUUUCCCGUACCGCCAAGUUGGACAGUGCUCACAAUCGCCCUCAUGAAGAAGAGCAGGUAGUGAAACCACAGGCACAUCCCAUCCUUACCUCCAUCACUCGACAGUCCAGCAUGGACUCGGGCACAGACAGCCCACUGCUGGUCAGAACUGGUAGUACGUCCACAACUGCUGCUCAACCUUCCCCUUGCCCCUCCAGCCUGUCUCGCUGCUCCACGCUGUCCUCACUCUCUAUUCCUGAACCUGCCUCCCUGCCAAAACCAGCGCCUGUUGUUCCAGAAGGUUCCAGGCCAGGGCCGACCCUAGACCGCAGUGAUGGGGAACAGGCUAGGGCUCUGUUUGAAAGGGUGCGCAGGUUUCGGGCCCACUGUGAAAGCUCUGAUAUAAUUUAUAAGGUCUACGCGGCUCAGACCGUAUUCAAAGUGCUGAAGUUUGUCGUUAUUGUGAGCUACACUGCACCUCUACUGGGUUCCAUCUCUUUCAAUCACAUCUGCCAGCCUCAUUCCCACGCCCUGACGGGAUACCAGGUCUUCCAGUGCAGCCACUCGCUGGCUUCUGUCCUACGCAAGCUGAUGCUAGCUUACGUCAGCCUGGUGGGCCUUUACGGCCUGCUAGGCAUCUACACUCUUUUCUGGAUCUUUCACAAGUCCCUCAGACAGUACUCCUUCCAGCAUCUGCGAGAAGUGGGCUCCAUACUUGAUGCUCCAGACCUGAGCAAUGACCUGGCUUUCCUGUUACACAUGACGGACCAGUACGACCCUUUGCUGGCACAGCGGCUUUCGGUCUUUCUGUCUCCUGUCAGCGAGACCCGGCUCAUGGAGGAGAACUUGGAACGCAGAUGGAAUGCCGCUCGCCUACGCUCCAUGAUAACCUCCGACCACCAGGGGCGCUCCCUGCUGCAGCUGGUGGCUGUUGCACAUCUGCCCCCAGCCCUGUAUACCCUGAGCCAACUGGAAGUGCUGAAGCUGGAGCUGAUAGGGGAUGCUAAGCUAACAGCACAGAUAUCCAACAUGACUGCUCUGAGAGAGCUGCACUUGUACCAUUGUUCAGCCACAGUGGAGCCCACAGCCCUGAUCGUCCUGCAGGAGCGCCUGGAGUCGCUGCACCUCACCUUUACCCAGGCCGCAGAGAUCCCGGGCUGGGUGUACUCCCUCCGGGGUCUGCAGGAGCUUCACCUCACCGGGCGCCUGGCCAGCGAAGCCAGCGUGGGUCGUGGUUGGGCCCUGGGUAGCCUCCGGCACCUGCGCCAUCUGCGCAUCCUGACGCUGCGUGGGAUGGUACAGAGAAUCCCAGGAGAGCUGAGUGAGAUAGCAGGCAGUUUGAUGCGCCUGGAGAUCCACAAUGAAGGUGCCAGGCUGUUGGUGCUGACGGGACUCAGGCGUCUGGUUGGGCUAGCUGAGCUGGAGCUCCAGGGGUGCCAGCUGGAGAGGCUGCCAUCCGCCUUGCUUGCACUAACAGGACUGCGCAGUCUGGACCUGCAGCACAACUGUCUGCGGACCUUGGAGGAGCUGCUUGGCCUGCAGCAUCUUCGACGUCUUUCCUGCCUGAAGAUGGCCCACAAUCGUGUGCUGUCUCUGCCUAGCAGUGUUGGGGUGCUUCGCUCUUUGGAGGUCUUGGAUUUGGCACACAACCAGCUGCAGAACCUUCCCCCGGCACUCUUCACGCUGCACCGACUCCGCCGCCUCCUGCUGGCAGGGAACCUGCUUGAAGAGUUGCCUGUUGAGGUGGGAGCACUGACUCUGCUUACGGAGCUGGACCUGACUGGAAACAGACUCGAGAGUCUGCCCAGAGAGCUUUUCACAAACUGUGUGGAGCUGCGAACUUUGAACGUAGCCAACAACUCCUUGGGUUCACUACAUCCAGGUUUAGCCUGUUUGAGACACCUGUCCCACCUGGAUGUGCAGGGGAACAACCUGGAGGAGCUCCCUUUGGAGCUGGGCAGCUGCUCGGGGCUUCGUGGUGGGGGGUUGUUGGUGGAAAGCUGGCUACUCCACACCUUACCGUGCCACGUCAGGGACUUUCUGCAACAGGCCCACUCCCAGUCUUGUGCCUCGUCUGAAACGAAUUCCCGCCCCAACUCAGACUGCUUUCCCACCUUCUCCACCGCCCAGUGGAGCUUUCACUCCGCCGUCGAGUCACGGAUAUAACCAAAGCCAUUUAAAAAUUCUCCACACAUUCUAUAUUGGGGACAGGUCAGGACUGCAGGUAGGCCAGCUCUCAUACCCUCUGCUUCUACAGCCAGGCCUCUGUAAUGUGUGCAGCAUAUGGCUUUGCAUUGUCUUGUUGACAAAUGCAUGAAUGUUCCGAUAAAAAAUUCUUGUUCUCGAAGGCGGCAUAUGUUGCUCUAAGAGCUUUUGGGCUUUUGGUUUGGAUGGUACUUUUAGUCUUGGCUCCAUCCCUUUCAAUAAAAAUAUCUGGAACACUAAUUGGUCUGACCAAAAUACACUGUGUAUCCAAUGUGUGAUGGUCCAUUCUAGAUGCAUCAGAUACCAGAGCAGUCAACACCUCUUCUGGACAUGGUUAACAGUAUGCUUCUGUUUUCUCAAAACUGUGCUUAUUUAUUACUUGCAAAUUUAUAUUUGUAUGUCCCAACCUUUUUUGGUGUGGGGGUUGUACAUCCAUUCCAGCAAUUACGGCCAGCGUCAACACAAGAAAAUCCAUGAAAAGCACAAAAAGAGUCUUCAAGGAGCAAAGGUGGACAGAGGAUUACCUGUUUGUAACAAGUGAGUGUACUUUCAACAAGACAAUACAAAACCCCAUGCUGCACAGUUUACGGCUGUUAGAAUAUAAGGGGGAAUUUUGAAAUCAAAAAGCGACAGUGCCUAAAUGCUGAUGUGAGAUGAAAUGGCAACAUUACAAAGUGGUGAAUGCUUUGCCAUCCCAACCGCAGGGCUGCUCCGUGUUUUGCGCCUGGUACAAGGCUAACUCUCGCCCCAAUUUGUCCAGCCUCCCCACCUUCUCCACCACUCAGUGGAGCUUUCACCCCGCCAUCGAGUCACGGAUAUAACCAAAGCCUUUAUAGAAAGAGCUCUGAGUGGGCUUUCUGUAUGAGGUUUAGGGAUGAUGUGUACUGAGCUGUUUUCACGCUGUGACUUCCACCUUCUAUGAGGAUGUCGUGGUUUCCUUUUGAAGGUUUUCAUGUUAAAUAGCU